AGAAAUUGGACGUGGAAGUGAACCACUUGGCUUAGAAUUUUACUUCAGAGCUCUCAAAUUACAGCCAUGCCUAUCCGUAACAUUGCCAUUGGAAGGCCCGAAGAGGCUACCCGACCCGAUGCUUUGAAGGCCGGGUUGGCUGAGUUCAUUUCUACGUUGAUUUUUGUUUUUGCCGGCCAAGGUUCCGGUAUAGCCUUUGGUAAGCUUACUGACGGUGGUGCCGCCACGCCCGCCGGCCUUAUCUCCGCCUCCAUCGCCCAUGCCUUCGCUCUUUUUGUCGCUGUCUCCGUCGGCGCCAACAUCUCCGGCGGCCACGUGAACCCUGCUGUUACCUUUGGCGCCUUCGUUGGUGGCAACAUCACCCUCCUACGUGGCAUCAUUUACUGGAUCGCCCAGCUCCUCGGAUCCGUCGUCGCUUGCUUGCUCCUUAAGUUCGUCACCGGCUUGCCCACCGGCAGCUUUGCUCUGUCAGCUGGAGUUGGGGAAGUAAACGCCUUCGUUUUUGAGAUCGUGAUGACAUUUGGAUUGGUGUACACGGUGUACGCGACCGCAGUGGAUCCCAAGAAGGGCAGUUUGGGAACAAUUGCACCGAUCGCCAUCGGUUUCAUCGUCGGAGCCAACAUUUUGGCCGGUGGAGCCUUCACCGGAGCGUCGAUGAACCCUGCCGUGGCAUUUGGACCGUCGGUGGUGAGCUGGUCAUGGGACAACCACUGGGUCUACUGGGCCGGGCCUUUGGUCGGAGGUGGGCUUGCUGGGCUCAUCUACGAGUUCAUCUUCAUUUCCAACAACCAUGAGCAGUUGCCAGUCACCGAGUACUGAGCAACCACCACCACCACCACCACCUCCCACAGCGGCGACUACUUUUAAUUCGGUGUAUUUGGUUUGUUUGUCUUUUCUUGUAUCGGACGGAUGGCUCGUGUCUUAUUUGUGACCGUUGAUCUUUUCACCAAUUGAUCAUCAUCGUGGUAGUCGUCGAGUGCCCUGGGCCUACGAUGAAAAUCAGGGCUAGGUUGUAAUUGAUGUACUCUGCUCCUGUCUGCACGUGAAUUUUCAGUCUUUUUCUUCUUUGUCCAUUUCAAUAAUUCUCUCAAUUUUCUCAA